AUGGAGGAGGAGAAGACAGACCUGGAACUCUACUUGGACCAGUGCUUUGCCCAGGAUGCCCUUACCACAUCCAGAUCAGCCCUGCUGAGCCCAGCUGUGCCUUAUGAUGUGGACAUGCUUACCUCAUCCAAUCCAGAGAGUGCAUUUAAUCCCCAGCUUGAAGAAGUCACAGAAACAUCUGGCAGUUUCUCAGCUGUGGAUCUUAGCUUCUUACUGGAUGAGCUCUCCCAAGAAAAGAAAGACCAGACUGUCAUUAGGAGCAAGCAUGAAAUUGAAGAAAACUGUAAAACUCAAAGACGGCAAACUAGGCUGCCCUUACCCAGCCAGCUGGACACUGGCCUGGCCUUAGACAGCAGCAGUGGGUCAAGUUCCCACUCACACCUGCACCCUGCUGAUGGUAACUCAGCCCAGCCCUCUCCUGAGAAACCUCACUCCUUGCCUCUGGCGUCCAUAACUCCUAUGACACCAAUGGCCCCUAUUUCAGAAUGUUCUGGAAUUGUGCCUCAACUACAGAACAUAGUUUCCACUGUAAACCUGGCCUGUAAAUUGGAUCUGAAGAAAAUAGCUUUGCAUGCGAAAAAUGCAGAAUAUAACCCAAAGAGGUUUGCCGCUGUCAUAAUGAGGAUCCGAGAGCCCAGGACUACAGCCCUCAUAUUUAGCUCUGGGAAAAUGGUCUGCACAGGAGCCAAAAGCGAAGAGCAGUCUCGACUUGCAGCAAGAAAAUACGCUCGUGUGGUGCAGAAGCUGGGCUUUCCUGCCAGAUUCCUCGAUUUUACAAUUCAGAACAUGGUUGGAAGCUGUGAUGUGAGAUUUCCUAUCAGUCUGGAAGGUUUGGUGCUAACCCAUCAGCAGUUCAGUAGUUAUGAACCUGAACUGUUUCCUGGCCUUAUUUAUAGAAUGGUGAAACCACGAAUUGUGUUGCUUAUCUUUGUAUCUGGAAAAGUUGUUUUGACAGGUGCCAAAAAACGUUCUGACAUCUGUGAAGCAUUUGAAAACAUCUAUCCUAUUCUAAAAGGUUUUAAAAAAGCCUGA